AUGGUCUUUUCUUCUUCUUCUUCUUCUUCUUCUUCUUCUUCUUCUUCUUCACCACCUCCGCCUCUUCCUCCCCUCUUCUUCCCCUCUUCUUCUUCUUCUUCUUCUUCUUCUUUUCUAUCUUUCUCACAUUCUUUCUUUCUUUCUUUGUCUAAUGAGUCUUUCUUUCUUUCUCUUCUAGAUUAUCUUUCUCACAUUCUUUAUUCCUUUCUUUCUUCUUUUCUUUCAUUAUUCGUUUGCUUUCUUUCUUUCUUUUUUCCAUUUUUCUUCCUUUCUUUCUUUUUUUUCUUUCUUUCUUUCUUUCUGUUUUCUUUCUUUUUUCUUUCUUUCUUCAUUUCUUUCUUUUUUCUUUCUUUUUUCCUUCUUUCUUUCUGUUUUCUUUCUUUCUUCCUUCCUUUCUUCCUUUCUUUCUUUUUUCUUUCUUUUUUCCUUCUUUCUUUCUGUUUUCUUUCUUUUUUCCUUCCUUUCUUUCUUUUUUCUUUUUUCUUUUUUCCUUCAUUCUUCCUUUUUCUUUCUUUCUUUUCUUUCUUUUUUCUUUCUUCUUUCUUUUUUCCUUCAUCCUUUCUUUCUUUCUUUCUUUCAAACUCACUCUACACUUCACUUCGUUUCUCACACGUUGUGUUUUGCUUUUAUUUACAUCUGUUUUCUCUCACCUUCUCACACUCAUUUUUUCUUACUUUUUUAGUCUGUCUUUCUCUUUCUACCCCCCCCCACUCUCUCACACAUUCUUUCUUUCUGCUUUUCCAUUUUUCUCUACUUUGGGUCUUAUCGUGUUUCUCUUACUUCUGCUCUGUCACCCUUGCUUCCUUUUGCUUUUGUCUCUUUCUUCCUCGCUCUCACAUUCUUUCCAAUUCUUUCUUUCUUUUUCUUUCUUUCUUUCUUUCUUUUCCCUUGUUAUUUUUGCUCCAUGUCUUUUCUUUCUUUUCUUUUUCUUCCUUCUCUUUUUUAUUUUCUUCUUUCUUUCUUUCUUUCUUUCUACUGGACUCACUUUCUCGCUUUUGUUUUAAGUUUCUCUCUUUCACACGCUAUCAUUUUCUCUUUCCUUUUUUCUCUCUCUCUCUCUCUCUCCCAGACUCUUACUCUCCCAAUCUCUUACUCUUUAUUUCUUCCCCCCUCAUUAUUUCCUUUCUUCCGCUCUUCUCCCGAUCUUUCUCUCUCUCUUUCUUUAGCUCGCUCAAAAGAGCCCUCUCUCUUUUCUUUUUCAUUCUUUCUACCUCUCUCUCACUCCCUCUUUCAUUCUUUCAUUUUGUCUUUCUUUUUUUCUUCUUUCUUUUUUUAUUUUAUUAUCUCCAUGUUUUUUCGACUAUCUUUUCUCUUCAUUGUAUCUGUUAUGUCCGGCAUUGUGAACGUUAA